UGGGGAUAUAGUACUAUGCUAGGAGAGCUAAAGGACACAUCACCAGCCGUAUUGCUGGUCGCCAAGCGGGACCCCGGUUGCCUUGAGGCGGCUCUCAAGGACAACAUCGGCCGCUCCGUCAGUCAGCUUCUCGGGGGAAUCGUUGGGGUGUUAAAAUACCCUUGAUUAUCGCCAUUCGUAUUAUUUUCCUUUUUCCCCUUUUUCAAUGUCAAGAGGAGCCGCUACCUAUUGGGAUCUUUUUUCGUGAUUUAACUUUUUUUUUUCCGGGGGGGUGCCUUCUUCCCCCUUCCCAGAUUUCCCUCGCCCCUGGUGUUGACAGAAAAAAAAAGUUCAGGCUUUCGCUCUGUUGGUACAUGCUGGUGGGAUACGCAUAAAGAGAUCAUCCAGGAAUGGUGGAUCACCUGCUUCCUGCGGAUGAAUCUUUCUCGUCCACGAGGCCUUUGAUUGGAUACUUUGGGGACAUGACAGCAGUGGGGAGGUCCUACCAAAUGCUGCCCUCCCCCUUGUCUGAAGAUGACAGUGAUUCUUCAAGUUUUUGCUCUUGUUCCAGCCCUGAUUCCCAGGUUCUUGGCUCAAGCUACGGGAGCUCAUCGAGUGCAGAGAGCCAGGACAGUAUCUUGGACUACUUGUUGUCCCAAGCGACCUUAGGUAAUGGCCACGCCUCUUGGUGGGACAAAAGGAGAUUUCAGCCCAUUGUGAAGGAGGAGCAUUUUAGGAUGCCAGACUUCACGGUGGAGAUGGAAGAUUCUGGACCAUUCCAGCCCACUCUUGAGGAGAUAGAGGAGUUUCUAGAAGAGAACAUGGAAACUGAUCUCAAGGAAGGGCCUAAAAGUGAGACCAAAGACAUGAGAGCUUGUAGCCAAAUUACUGUGGCUUCCAUGCCACAAAAAGACCACAUGGGGCCCAGCAUCAGUCUAAAAGACAGUAAAAGCGAACAGUUGGGCAGUACGGUGGAAAGUAGCCAUGCAUCAAAUGGAGCAGUGUCCCUUGAUGGAGGGAUACCAGUCAUGCUCCAAAUCCAACCAGUACAAGUUAAACAAGCAUUGGAGAUGAGCCCUAGUUCACAAGGACCAGUGCAAGAGAACAUUAAAAUUGCACAGCUCCUGGUCAACAUCCAAGGGCAAACAUUUGCACUGGUGCCACAGCUUGUUCAGUCUUCCAGCUUGAACUCAUCUUCCAAAUUUGUCCGCAUAGCCCCAGUUCCAAUAGCUGCAAAACCUAUUGGGCCAGGAGGUACAAUCCAGGGCCAAGCUGGGGUCAUCAUGGGUCAAAAGUUUCAAAAGAAUCCUGCAGCAGAACUUAUUAAAAUGCACAAAUGUACUUUCCCUGGAUGUACCAAGAUGUACACCAAAAGCAGCCAUUUGAAAGCUCAUCUGAGAAGGCACACAGGAGAAAAACCCUUUGCGUGUACUUGGCCUGGUUGCGGAUGGAGGUUUUCGCGGUCAGAUGAACUUUCUCGGCACAGGCGCUCCCACUCCGGGGUGAAGCCGUAUCAGUGCCCUGUGUGCGAGAAAAAGUUUGCUCGGAGUGACCACUUGUCCAAGCACGUCAAAGUCCACCGGUUUCCAAGAAGCAGCCGCUCUGUGCGCUCAGCGAACUGAUGUUGUCCCGCCGGCUCCCUUCCGCCUGCCCAUCCAAGAACUGUCCCCAGCAGCACUUUCUGCAGUCUCUGUCUCACAAUAAUUUAUUUAUCUCCAUAUAACAGCUGAGGCCGUGACUUCACACAAGCAUCUUCUUUUUCAUCACCUUCGCCUUACUUUGUUCCUUUCCUUUUCUUUGCUGUUGCUGCUUCUUUUGAAAAUUACAGUGUUUUAUUUUUAGCUGUUUUCUCCUGCGCCAUGAUAAUUUAUGGGCUACUUGCUGCUAGUUAAUUAUAGUUCUGGCAUUCCUGAGGGCUUUGCUCAUGUACAGGGCUAUUCAAUGUGAGUUUUCUUUUCACUAUUAUUAUUAAUUAUUGUUAUUAUAAGCUGGCCUAUUUGGCCAGUUUGGAAACAGCAAAUUCCCUUUUGAAAUGAGAACAAGUCCUUUGUUUUUUGUGAGGGGUUCUAUUGUUGUUGUUGUUUUUGAGCUGGUGUUGGCGGUUCAUUAGCUACGAUCUUGUAGCAGCUAUCAAAAGAGGAAGAGGAAGAGUAGGUCUGCCAUCUUGCAAGGGAGGGAUGGAACAGGGUUUGCUAAACAGUGAGUCUUACUCAUCUAAGUAAAACCGUAUUUUGUUCAUAACCAAAAUAGAGGCCUGAAAUUGAAUCCCAGAUUCUUCCAGGUUUGGUGCAGGGUUGACACCAGUUCCUGCUCUUCUCUUCUCUCUGCCAUGGUCCACCCCCUUAGCCCCACGUAGCAGCCAGUAUUUUUGAAAUCAACAGCUGGCAACCUGAGUAUCUGAGGGACAGAGAGAUGAAAAUAUGGAUGAAGGGUUGGAUCCAGAGCUAAAUGUUGGAAAUUAAUGGGACUUAUACUAGCCAUGGCUAACUUGAGAUUGUCAUGAUGACUAACCUUAGGGAAGUCUUGAUUUCUAACAUAUGCCAGCCCUUUUCAGUCAUUCAGUCCAGGGUUAAAGAAUGUGCAUCAAGUGAGAUGCAUCUCAGCAACAGGUUUUGCUUCCACCAAUACUGUGUGUUCAGACCUCUUAGACUAUGGGAGAAACCUGUUGCCAAAAUGCCCACUGCUAAGGUGGCCAUUGGUGCCCCUUGACAGGACAGUCCUCUCUUGCAAAACAUUCUCUAUCCUCUGUUGAAACGGUUGUCCAGUCCAAGCCUGCCUUAAAAAUGAUCCCCCCCCCACCAAGAAGGGGGAGCAGACAUUUUGCCUCGUCCCUUAGCAGCUGGGUGGGGGACUGAGCAGGUGCGUUGCCCACAGUCUACCCUGCUCUGGUGAGAUGUAUUGCACUGCGGUUUUCAUUAUAAUAAUCAUGUCUAAAUUUGCACCUGUUUUUGCAAAUUAGCCUAUGCACAUUUAAUGCAAACCCGCACCACCUUACGUCCUUUUCUUUGUCAGUGGGUUUUGGUGGCAUACCAUCUUCCAUGCCAUACCUGUUGAUUGUUGGCAAACUGCACAGCUGGAAAGGGCUCAGACAAUCUUCGCGCUUCUCUCCUGCUCUGCCUGCUAGGUUGCUGUUGGGUAGGAGCACUAAAUACCAUCUUUCCCAGGAAUCCAAAUAUAGAUUAAUUAAUGUGCUGUAUAGCAGACUGAAUAUUUGUCUCGAGGUCUUUCAACAGGGCCAUGAUGCACAGUCCCACAGUCAGGAUGUGGGAGAACUGGCCGGUGAGAGCCUUGCUCCCACUGCUUGCUGUUCCGCCCUGUUUCACUGUGUGGAUGGCCUUCGUCAAAUGGCGAUCUUGCAGGAGUCUGCAUACCUUGGCCAGAAACCUUCAGCAUUACCUUUAGGUGGUUCCUCAUGGCCGCAGCAGUAACUGUGAUGGCAGAGCAAGAAAUGCUGGACUCAUUCCCCCACUACCCCGUGGUACGAAAUACAAUCCUUGUCCUCAGUGGCUGGGAUGGGAAGACUUAAGACUUAGUGAAUGUUUUGUGAAAGCACUUUUAGAGCCUUAGGUGGCAAGCAGUACCCAAAUGUUGAGUAUUCUCAUGGGCCACUAUUCAGAGAGCACUGCAACUGGGACAUCGGGAGUCCCAGCUAGCUAGAGCGGUAGCUAGCAUGAGGGGUCACCCCCCACCUGCCAAAUACAUGCAUACUUAUACAUAAAUAUAGACAUAUAAUCUGAUACUGGCCGCAAAAUUAUUGCAUUAAGCAACACUUUCCCACUUUUUUUCUUUAUGUACUCUGCUGAUUGUAGGAUGCUUUCUAGACACAUAGAAUCUGAUACUUAGAGAAGUUUUAUAAAUAUAUAAAUAUAUAUAUAUAUAAAGGAUGUUGCAUCACCUCUCUGAUUACAGAGAGAGUGUCUGUAAGCAAAAUGAAGUAAACAUAAUCCAUGACUAAAUUCCACUGAAGGCAAUGGGACAGGAUCAGUUAAUGCCAGCUUAAGCUCCGUUGCUUUCAAUAGAACUUUAGAAUUAUGGCCUCCCUCUCCUCCUUCCCUUUUUGUCAUCAGCCAAAUCGUAAAUAAAGCACUGCAAAAUUCUAGCAUUAGUAGGUCAAAAUGGAGACCCUGUUGUCACGUAAGAGCAAAAGCUCCACUACCAUCUUCUAGGAAUGCAUUCCGCUUGUCCUUCGAAAAUACGUGUAAAUGAAUCUCUCUUCUAUUGACUGGUUUUUAUCUCACAUCCUAUGAAUGUAUGUAAAUAAAAUUGUACAUAUCGCAUAUCUAUAUAAAAUAUCUUUUAAUAACAUGAAAAAUUGUAUAAAUUGGAAACAAAAGAAUAUCUUUAAAGUCAGUGUACAUAAGUUACAAUUCUGUAUUUUUUUUCUUUUGUCCUUCAUAAAAUAUAUUUACUUUGACAAUAAAAAGAAAUUUGAAAUUUUACAAA